GACUGAUUGUUAAGAGCCGGGGUUAGGAUUGGCUCAGUAAAGUUUAGUUCCUCUACUUUUUAGAUGCGUCAAUUGUCUGAUUCACCGAAAGAAGUGUGGGAGAGAAGGAGGGGUACGAGGGAGACAAAACUUUCUCUCUUUCUGCCCCUGUAUAUAAACCGCACCGCCGUCACUCACUCAGUCUUACCCGCAUACCCAUCAAGUCAGCGUCGUCAACGUCACCUAUUCCGGCUUCCAAACGCGCUACUCAAGGCUUGGAAAACCAACUAUCACCGCUGGAUACCCAUAAUCAAUCUUUGUCGAUAUUUAUUGAUAUUAGUCAGAUAUCAAUACAUUUUGUGACAGAUUUUUGAAUUGUCUGGAGCCUGUGAUAGAAGAAGCUGUAUCAACUUUUCCACAAAAAAAGUUUGUUUCUUUUGAGCUGAGCCACUCGUGAACCUCGAAAGUAGGCUAUAGCCUACCUAUAACCAAAGUUUCAGAAAGUAAGUUAAAAAUAAGGAAACGCAUCGAGUCACUAUUCUGAAUGGGUUAUGUACAAUAUUAUUCACAAAAGAAAAGGUGAUUUUUUCCCCCUGUCGACCGUUUAAAGGAAAAUUUUUUUUUUUUUAAAAGCAGUCGAAACUGGAAAUGCGACACACAAAAGUGCAUCAUCUCCAGGUGGCUCUACUAUUGGCAGCAGUGGUGGUCUCUGCCCAGGUGUCUGAUCCUGCACUUAGCUUGUCCAAUGAGAGAUCUUCGAUUGAGAGGACUUAUGAGCUCACCAAAUACCUCGAGCAUCAACUCAGAGAAAUUAAGGACACUUAUCUGUCCUAUCUGGGCCCCCCCUUCAGUGACCCAGACUUCUCCCCGCCACGGCCCAACACCACAGCGCUGUCCCUGCCCAGCGCAGCCACACGGCUAGACCUUUGGCGGGGUCUGGAGAACCGAGCGCGGUUAGCACAGAACCACCGGGCAUACAGCGUGCUCUUGGGGGCAGUGCGGGAACUGGCCAGGGCCACACUGUGCCCCUACCUCCAGAGCUCACUGCUGCACUUCUCUGCUGGCCUGGAUGGCCUGCUGGGCUCCAUCUCCGGCCUCAUGACCACGCUGGGGUAUUCCCUCCCCCCGCAGUAUUUCAGCUUGCCCACUGGGGGCACUGUUCAGCCUGAAGCAGGGACUGUGGGGGGGGGUACCAGGAGAGAAAGGGAGGGGGAUAGGGCCAGGGAGGAGAGGGAGAGAGAGGGGGACUCCCGUAGGGAGCUUGCCAAAGAAGGGGCAUCUACUUUUAAUCCCAGCCAAAGCAGAGAAGAGAGAGGGAGGAGAGGAAGGCAGCAGAGGUGGGAGGGGCAGGCAAACCCCAUGGAGGGGGGAAACAGAGAGAGUGAGGAGGGAGAGGAUGGAGAGAUGGAGGGAUGGGGGGGCAAGAGAAGGCUGUUGAGUCUGAGGGAGGAGGUAGAGACAAACAGCAGGAGAAGCUUGGCUGAAUUUGGUGAAGGUUACCUGGGAUCGCGCUUCCACCUGUAUGACUCUGGCCGGCAUAGUCUAUCACAAACGCCCCAGGCAGGGCCUCAGGGGGCAGAGCUACAGGUCUCGGAGCCAAUCAGAGUCAACCUGACGCAGCUGCUCAUGGAUGAGAUACUGCCGAGUUUCUAUGGCAACAGCAACAACAAAGGCAACAACAAUGUUGCCAAUGGCAACCAUCUUCUGAGUAGGGAAAAUACCCAUGAGGAUGAGCUACGCCUGGGAUGGGAGAGCCACGCCCAGGACAUGCUGGAGCUCAUCGGAGAGAAGGAGGGAGACAGAGGAAGAGAUCAUUUUCCCGCCUUCACAUCUCCCCCAUCCCUCCAUCCCCGCCAUUCCCGCUCACUGCCUUCCUCUCUCUACACCUCCACCCUUCAUCCUCCUCUCUCUCCCCUCUCUCUCUUCUACCAGUUCAGUGCCAGGGAGGGACAUACUCUCCUGUCUGACCUGGCCCCCGGGGUUCACGCUGUUCCCCCCCCUGCCCCCCUGCUCUCCUCCCUCUCCAGCACCUCCCUGCUCCACCCACCCUCCCUCAAUGACUUCUCCCGAAAGGUAGAGAGCUUCUGGGUUCUAAGAGAGCUGCAGAGCUGGCUUUGGAGGUCGGCCAAGGACUUCAACCGCUUGAAAAAGAAGCUGAGAGCUUGAGAAAACCGCUAAUGUGCUAAUGCUCACUGCACUGAAGGAGGAAUUGGAGGAAGGGGUAAGGCAGGGAAGGGUGGAUAGAGACAGAUGGAGAGAUGGUGGGAAAAUGAAUUAUGUGCAGAGUAAGCAACUUCUGGAGACAUCAGUACAUUAACACUGCACUGAGAAAUAGAAAGAGGUUUAAUAUAGUAUAUACACAUUAACUCCACACUAUAAUACAUUAACACUGCACUGAGAGAGAGGGUUAAUACAGUAGAUACACACUGACUGCAAACUACAGUAUAUUAAUAUUAUUGCAUUGGGAGAGAGUGGUUUUAUAGAGAGAGAGUGGGGACACUACUAUAAGCUACACCUGCACUGAAGGUCGGGGAAGGGGGCCUAAAUUUUAAAAUGGUACAGUGUAGAUAAUCCUAGGCAGAACAGUGUGUGUGUGUGUGUGUGUGUGUGUAGAGACACAGAACAGGGGACAGGGUUGUUGAAUCGUAGGAGGAAACUGCAUAACUGGACUUUCCAGUUAAUUUAACUGGGUACUGAAUACGAGAGCAGACAGACAGAAACUCAGAGAGAGAGAGAGAGAGAGAGCUUAAAUAAUGCACAGACACUGACUCAGCCAUUUGGACAUGGGAAAGAGGGGAGAGACAGUGAGGUGACAGACUGGGGGAGAGGUUAUCCCCACUUUUUUCUUUCUCACUUCCCCCCACAUCUCUUCCCAUCCUCUCCUCCAUUGACUUAAAAAGUGUUCUUUAGAAAAUGUUAUCUUUUUUUCAUGUUCUCUCACUUACUUUUAAAAAAUCCUUUUUUCUCUGUUCUGUAAUGCCUAGCAUAGCACCCUGUUUGUCGUGUCCUACAGUAACAUUCUGCUUAGAAGUUGUUCCCAACAUAUCUCAGCAUGCCAAUUUAAUAGUUUGGUCAUCAAACAGACCUGGGUCAUAUAUAUAAUUUUAACUCUUUAGAUGCCUGUAAAAUUUGAUGCAGAUGCCUAAGAAUUUUCAAGCAGCUGUUGUUGUAAAUCAAAUUUCUUCUGAAUAUUGGUUAAAAAAAAUAUAUUCCUUUUAAAAUUGCUAGUAACCAGUAUAAAAUUUUAUUGGUGUCUAAAAGUUCCAAGUAUUUGAGAUUAAGUAUUUGUCACAAGCCUGAUAGUCAAUCGUCAACAGACUGUCAAGUUACUUGUGUUGUAAAGUUACUUGCAGUUUUGCAUUCCCAUGGUAAAAAUUUUUUCAAGAGACUAACUCUUCUGCUUUGGGGGCUCUCCUGUUGGACAGAGGUAAAUAAUUUUGUGCCAUCACUGUAAUUUAUCAUGGCUUGUUCUUUCAUAAUUUAUUGCCUCAUUUAAUCUAAGGUCAUUGCACUAUGUCUAUGAUAAGGCAGGUGUUUUUCUUUUCUUUUUUAACACAGUACCGAGAGUUUGGCAGUGAUUGAAAUGAAAGAAAGAUUUUGUGUAAAAAAUAACAUAACACUUUCUUAAAUUAGUUACGCAAUUUCUGAAAUUCAAGUUCAGUCCACAGUGCAGUUGGACUGAAUAAACAUUUGUGACUGAAUAGUUAUCAAGGUGACUGUGCCAAAAAACAUAGUAAUCAUUGGGGGAAUAAAACAAACUCAUUACAUUAUGUUUUUAUAGCUAAACCAGUGUACAAGUAUGCACAGUAGGGUUGUGAAUCGCAUAUUUUUCUGUGGAAGUGCUUUGUGUGUGUGUGUGUGUGUGUCUUCAUGGUGCAUUUUUAUCAUAAAUAUGGAUUUUAUCUGUAAUAUUUAUUGAAUAUUAUUAUUUAUUGAUCUAUAUGAGGUCUAUACUGCCAUCCAAGCAAUUAAAUGUUUCUAGCUAAAAUAAAUUAAACAUUUGUUUUUGUUUGUU